GCUAUGUCUUUGUUUCUUCCGUAUUUUCGGAUUAUGUAAAGAAAAUGUUUGGGUUGCCUGUGUUGGCGCCAUUUCUGGACGGGUCGCGCCSAGGUGGGUCGCGCGCGUGCGAAAUUGCUUGUAGAUGGGACACAUGUGAAUGUAGCAAUUCACUUCAUCAGAAAAUGGAUUUCAAUGCGAGGUUUAACGAGAUCUUAAGACACAGUAUCAAAACUCAAUACCCGUGGAUUCCUACAGAUCACACCUUACCGCCAAAAAAMCAAGAUCCCCAACCGUCAUUUUCACAAGCACCUGAAAAUGUAGAUGAUGGCAUUGAUAAAGAUGAAAUAGCCAAAGUAUAUGAACGUGCGUAUGGGCAUUGUGAAUACAAGCGCAAAUCAGAACCACCUCAAGUAAAAUGCUAUAUUUGUGGACAAAAAGGACACAAGGCAAACAAUCACAGAACCUUGCCAUACUCGAAAAAGAAGCACACCAUCUACCUUGAAACUAGUCAUGAUACUAUUAUAGUCAAAGCAAACAAAAUCAUUUUUCAUUGUAAAGAAGAAACACAGAAAAAAGGAUUAAUCUGAGCCAAAAAGCUACAACUACAGUUAUUUUAAGUUUAUGGUCACCUUUCAGUGAUUUUUUUGUUGUUUAGAUUUUAAUGUUUGUUAAUUUGAGGUAGAAAACAUACAAUAUGGUAAGUUUCAGACAUUUCAACGAUCAAAUCUUUGUAUAUUUUUGCAAAACAUUGUAUUGCAUUUUGUCUUUGAGUUUUUUAAAAAUGUAUGCCUACAUUCUAUUUUCUGCAAAGUAUUAAGAAGCUUUGAAGAAUUAUUAUAGGUUUAAACAAAGCUUGAAAAUGUUCUUAAGCACAUAUCGUUUGCCAUAUAUCAGCUAUAAUUAUUUCGUUCCAUGUCUUUUCUUCAAAAUAUCUGCCAUACAAUUGUUUUUUAAAAAUAAGCUGCAGAAAGGCAGGAGAAAGACAUCUUACAAUAUUAUGCCUCUUUUUCAUGYKGUKUAUACGAACACUGYUGAGUUAAUAUUGGACAGAAAUGUACCUUUUUGUGUUGUGCAACUCUUGAUUUUUCCAACAAGGAGUGAUGAAAAUAAACUGAAAAAUGUAAUAAAAUAAAAAAAAUAUGGUCAGUACUAACUACA